UUGCUCAGAGUCAGAAAUUUGGGCUGUUUGGCCAAAGCAUUUAUUAUAUUUUGUCCAUCUCUUGGCAGGGAGGGAAAAACCUGUGCUUUGACAAAGCUAUCUAGUAAUGGAGUCUAGUUCUCUGAAUGGCGAGUGUAAAGUGAACAUAAAUGUUGGUGUUAAGACUCCAAGCAGGAGACUCCCCAGAAAAGUAAACGAAAGUGUGACAUCCUUGGUAAAGAUAUGGAAACUUGGAAAAGAAGAUCCAAGAAGGAUCAUACAUUCAAUUAAAUUUGGAGUGGCAUUGUUUUUGGUCUCUCUCCUGUAUCUCAUUGAUCCUUUGUUCACUGGCGUUGGAGAUAAUUCAAUUUGGGCUGUGAUGACUGUUGUGGUAGUCCUUGAAUUCACUGCAGGGGCUACUUUGAGCAAAGGAUUGAACAGAGGAUUAGGCACUCUGUUGGCAGGUUCUCUAGCCACAUGUGUCAGUUACUUAUGUGAGAACGCAGGCGAACCAGGGGAGGCUAUUAUCAUUGGAUUCUCAGUUUUUAUCUUAGGUGCAGCAGCUUCUUUUACUAGGUUCUUCCCUACAAUCAAGAGAAGAUAUGACUAUGGAGUUGUGACAUUCCUUCUCACAUUCAAUCUUAUAGUAGUCUCUGGAUAUCGAGUGGACAACAUACUUAGGAUGGCUUAUGAACGUCUGUCCACCAUAGCCAUUGGCUGUAGUUUGUGCCUCGUUAUCAGUGUGCUUGUUUAUCCCAUCUGGGCAGGCGAGGAUCUUCACAACUCUACAGCUGACAAAUUUGAAGGCCUGGCUCAAUCCCUUGAUGGAUGCGUUAGGGAAUAUUUUGAUGAACGGGUUGAGGAUACGGAGGAAGAUGACAAUGACAAAACAGCAGAAGAUGACAUAUACGAAGGAUACAAAUCUGUGUUAGAUUCCAAGGCCACAGAGGAGUCUCUGGCGACGUUUGCUGGCUGGGAGCCAAGGCACGGGAGAUUUCGUUAUAGGCAUCCAUGGAAGCAGUAUGUGAAAAUUGGAGCCAAUCUUCGGCACUUAGCAUAUUCCAUCGUAGCCUUACAUGGAUGCCUUCGAUCCGAGAUUCAGACACCGCUUUCUGUCCGAUGGGUGUUGAAGAGGCCAUGCCUCAAGCUCAGUGAGGAAGCAACAAAAAUAUUGCGAGAACUUUCGUACUCUAUCAGACACACGCGAAGAUGUGGCACGGAGGGCAUGAUGGAGCACUUACAUCUUGCAUUGAAGGAUUUGCAGGAAGCCUUGCAUGGUUUGCCAAGACAUUUCAUUGAUCUCCGAAGCAUCAACAUGACAAAAAAAGAACUCUGGUAUAGUUCAGCGAGCUUGGAGGAGGGCAACACAACAAGGCUUUUUAAAAGACCUAUGUUGAUACAAGAACAAAUGCAGGAUGGAGGAAAGAGCCUCGCACGCACACAAUCCCAUGCUUCUGCUCAAGAAAAAGUGAGGGGGCAGAGUAUUGAAUAUGCAGAGGAGCUUCCCCUCGUCACUUUUGCAUGGCUUCUGGUGGAAAGUGUAAUGAGGAUUGAGCAUGUUGUUGAGGCUGCUGAUGAGCUGGCAAGGCGGGCAUGCUUCAAAGCAUCUAUUUCUUCUCACGGAAGGCUAAGAAAGCCAUCAAUGAAGGUUUCUGCAACUGAGAUUUCUAGAAGCAGAGUAUUGGAAUUCCAUUCCACUUCUCAAUCUGCCGAGUGA